AUGCAGUGCAGCUAUGUGGAAGCUGUGGCGAAGGAGGAGUACGGGCAGCUACCUGCGUGGUUUGUUGGGCACACUUGGCACGAGCCCUUCGUGGAUUUCGUGCGUCGGACAAUGAAGCACGGAACGCUGGGGGCAGGGGACGCUUUCUGGUCCUUCGCCUUCUCGACACGGUGGCAUGAAUGUCGCGAGAUGCUCGUCGACAGGUGUUCAAGCGUGGAAUGUCUUCGCACAAUCAAGUCGCUGAGAGUUUGUCUGGCAGGAUGCACCAAAACGAGCACCGCAGAAGACUUGCAACAAGGAAGGCUCCCUAGCAAUGGAGAGCCAUCCGUUCAAAGCUGCAACUGCCCCGCCUGUGGCACCGCCAUGCAGCGUGUCUCACUGCGUGAGCCUCCGAGCAGCAUGCGUGCUGCAUUCAUCGGGAUCUUCCUGACCAGGAAGGGCAGAUCGAAGGGCUUCUUCAGGCAUGUGUACAAAGCAGUGAAAGACGAGAACGACAUGGUCUCUUCUGGACAAGAACUCAAAGACAUCAGCACAAGCUUUGACUCAGGCGACAUUCUCGGAGAUGGAAGUGUCAUGAAGAGCAUUGUAGAGGAGGGCAUGGACCCGGCAGUAUUUCCGGUCUUUGGAGACGAUUGUGUGACGCACUUCGUGGGCACUCUGCCAGAUGGAAGCAUUUUCAACGACACAACGAAGCGUGAUCAGCCUUUCAAGUUUCGACUGGGAGCAGAGCAUGUUUUGGAAGGCUUCGACGAAGGCGUCGCGACGAUGCGAAAGGGUGAGCGUGCCAUUUUUCAGCUGUCAUCGGAAGUGGCGUACGGCUCCUUUGGUGCACGUGAUGAAAGGGGAUGGCAGGUGCCGCCAGAUACUCCGGUCACAUUCGACAUCCGUCUUUUGGACGUGAUCAAGGCUCCAGCAAAUUCAGCGACUGCACAGGAUCCCGUUCCAGGUUAUGGACGAGAAGACGUGGGUUCUGGUGGUGCGAGUCCAGAUGGAAGGUACUGGUGGAAACGCAAUGGGGCUGAGGUGCUGGUGAUGGUUCCUGUGGCGGAUGAUGUUGAGACCAAGGAUGUCAGCUAUGUGUUUCAAGAAGCCUAUAUCUGCAUAGCAGUGUGUGGAGCAACCCUGUUGGCUGGACGGCCUGGUUGCGAUGUGGAGGCAGAGGAAUGCUACUGGGAAUUUUCCUCGGACUCUGGACAGCGGUGUCUAUGUGUCCAUCUUCAAAAGAAAGGUUCGCUUUCGGCGAGAUGGCCGGAUGCGCUUUUCGUUGGGACGACUUGA